AUGCGAGCAUUGAGAAGAAGGCAAACAAGGAAUAUGACAGAUAAUAAUAAUAAUCAAGUGGAUCAUUUACUUUUAGAGAAUCUCGAAGAAGAUGCAGCCCUACGUUCUUUAAUGGAUUAUGCAAUGUCGUCAUUGAGGGGCACUGCUUCUAGCAUUAGGAGGCCAGCCAUUGCAGCAAAUAACUUUGAAAUUAAAUCUACGAUUAUUCAGAUGAUUCAGUCAUCCUGCCAAUUCAAUGGUUUAGCCCACGCGGAUCCAAAUGCUCACAUUGGAAAUUUCUUGGAGAUAUGUGAUACAUUCAAGCAGAAUGGUGUCACAGAUGAUGCAAUUAGAUUGAGACUGUUCCCUUUUUCCUUAAGAGAUAAAGCCAAGAAUUGGCUAAAUUCUUUGCCUAUAGAUGGAGAGUCAUUAUAUGAAGCAUGGGAGUGUUACAGAGAGUUGUUGAGGAAAUGUCCGCAUCAUGGAUUACCAAUUUGGUUACAAGUACAAACUUUUUAUAUUGGUUUAAUUCCUGCUAACCGUUCUAUGAUUGAUGCAUCUUCAAGAGGCACUAUAAUGAAGAAGACACCAGAAGCAGCGUAUGAAUUAUUGGAUGAGAUGGCUUCAAACAGCUACCAAUGGCAGUCUGAUAAAGUGCCACAAAGGAAGGCAGCAGGAUUAUAUGGAGUAGAUGCAAUCACAACAAUUUAUGCUCAAUUGGAAGCAUUGAACAAAAAGAUUGAUAAUAUGAGUGCCCCAAUCAUGCAAGUGAAGAGCAUGAGUUGUGAUCUAUGUGGAGGAGACCAUCUUAGCAAUGAAUGUCAGGUAGGUAACCAUUUUGCUAAUUCUACUGAAAGUGCUAAUUGUGUUGGUAAUUUUUACAGGCAACAACAGGAUAAUCCCUACUCCAGUACUUACAACCCUGGUUGGCAGAAUCACCCCAAUUUUUCAUGGAGCAAUCAAAAUGCAGUGAAACCACCACCUCCAGGUUUUCCUCAAGAAAAGAAGCCUAAUUUAGAGGAACUAGUGACGAAGUUUGUGAGCUCCACUGAAGCAAGAUUUCAGAAUCAAGAAGCUUCGAUCAGAAAUUUAGAGACUCGGAUGGGGCAGUUGGAAAAUUUAAUAUCAGGGAGAGCUCAAGGAACGUUGCCUAGUGACACAGAGAAGAAUCCAAAGGAGCAUGUGAAGGCAAUUACACUAAGGAGUGGCAAAGAAAUUGGGCAUAAAGAGCAAGAGAAAGAGGAAGCACCGAAAGUGCAACCAUACAACAUUGCUGAAAAGUUGUUUGAACCUAAGAAGAUAGUGAUUCAGCCUCCUUUCCCUCUUGCAUUGAAGAAGCAAAAAGUUGAUCAGCAAUUUGCAAAAAUUUUAGAUAUUUUUAAGAAAUUGCACAUUAAUAUUCCAUUUGCAGAUGCUCUUCUUCAGAUGCCUAGCUAUGCAAAGUUCUUGAAGGAAAUCCUUUCUAACAAGAGAAACUGGAAGAGCAAGAAACAGUAA